UCACUUUCUAUUGGUAGAGGGGAGCAAGUAGGCGGGGUUUAGCCACCCCUUGCCCCGCCCCCCCGCCGUCGCCAUUUCGUUGCUGGAGCGGACGGAGCCGGGGCUCGCGGGAGAACAUAACCAACUACAAUGGGGAACGUCUUUGAAAAACUGUUUAAAAACCUCUUUGGGAAGAAAGAAAUGCGAAUUCUCAUGGUAGGUCUGGAUGCAGCAGGAAAAACCACCAUCCUUUACAAACUUAAGCUGGGGGAAAUUGUGACCACCAUCCCAACAAUAGGUUUCAAUGUGGAGACUGUAGAAUACAAAAACAUAAGCUUCACAGUCUGGGAUGUGGGUGGCCAAGACAAAAUCAGACCCCUCUGGCGACACUAUUUCCAGAACACACAAGGCUUAAUCUUUGUAGUGGACAGCAAUGAUAGGGAGAGAGUGAAUGAAGCAAGAGAAGAACUCACCAGAAUGUUGGCAGAAGACGAGCUCCGGGAUGCCGUUUUACUAGUGUUUGUAAACAAACAGGACCUUCCCAAUGCUAUGAAUGCUGCAGAGAUCACCGACAAACUUGGCUUGCAUUCCCUUCGUCAGAGGAACUGGUACAUCCAAGCAACAUGUGCCACCAGCGGAGACGGGCUUUAUGAGGGAUUGGACUGGCUCUCCAACCAGCUCAAAAAUCAGAAGUGAUCAAUUCCCUGAGCAUCUCAUCAGAACCAGCCAGCCUCUGCUGUGUGUGUGCAUGUGUGUGUCAGAGGGGGAGAGAGAUCACACAGGUGUGCACGUCUGGGAGUGGGAGCAGCUUUCUCACACUGUGCCUUAAACAUGCUGUAAAAUAAAACCAAUAGUAUUCUAUUUUAAACACUACCUUCCAUAGCUUUGAACGUAGCAUUUUUACACCAGCAAGCAGAACUUAGGGUAUUCAAUGGGACAUGAUUGGAAAAAGGACCCUCAGCAACUGAAGGACAAGAAAACUCCGUUUUACACGCCAGGUUAUCAUUGCAGUUGUCUCAUGCGAGUUUUGUGUUUUCCCCGUUAUCAGUGCAGUCUGUUGCAGUGUAUAGUUUGAUCUCCUUCCUUCAUCAUUUUUCAGUAGAAUAAUUUUACUCUUUCUGAAUGUUGCCAUAGGACUAUAUACCAGCAUGUUACUCAGUAUUUCAAACCUCUGACCCACGCAACUUUCUGUAAAGCGAGAUGUCUCUUCUGGUUCAGUUGAACAGUAGCAUAGACAGUGUGUUCUGUGGUGGGAACUGUGUAAUUUACUCUGCUGUGUAGAACAUACCUCAUUGUAAAGUAAUUUGUUUGGGGGGGUUGUGGGGCUUCUUUGGAUCAAGGUUUCCCCAGCUCCAGUCAUAUAUUAGCCCCUCUAGCUAAUUCCUCUCUUGUGGGAUGGCAGAAGCUCAGCUUGGGAGGAAGGAUCAGACGUCUGGACAGGCCAAGUGACUUAUUUCACAAAAGACCUUAGUUACUGGUAUCAGUUAGAAUCUCCAUCGGCAGGCUGGAAACGAGGCUUCUGAGAUUACUGCUCCCACUCCUGCUUUGUACAAAACAUCCUAUGCUCCCUUGGAACGGAUAGCGAUGUCUUGUACGGUUAUCAAUUCUAACUACCACUUUAGGUUAUCUCUGUUGCAGGAACCCUAUCAGUCUGUGAACGUCAGUAAUUUGGUGUCAAGGGGGAGAAAGGAAUCUAAUGAUAAAGGGGAUUUGGGGGACAUGCAUGGAGACUAGACUGGAGCAGCCUGGCUAGUGCUGUGUAAGCAAUUCUCAUGUUCAAAAAAUCCAUUCCAGUUUCAGCAAAACAUAUGUGGUUUGGCAAACGCUGCACUGUGUCUGAUGUCAUUGGGUGGGUCAAAAGUACUCUUCCGCCACUUGCGUUUGCCAUUCUCACCUGAAGUCUCCACUAUCUCCUCAUCCCUUUUGGUCCCAAUGUGGAAGAACAGACUGGUGCCCCUCUUCUUCCAUUGAUAGUAAUGCUUUGCAGUGAAUAGAAUGUGCAGUUACUCCUUUGCCUCUUUUAAAAAAAAAAAUAAUAAAAAAUGGAGGGGACCCAGUGGAAGGAGAGAAUGUCUGUCAGUCUUUUAACCAUUUGAAAUCUACUUGGACUAUUGAGAAAAUGAAGCAGAAAUGUCUUUUUAAUAGAAAAGUUUCAUAUAUUCAUGUUCAAAAAUGUACAUCUAUAAAAAUACUGCAGGGGAAGAAGUGAAGUGUGAAUCAGAUACAAGCCAAAUGUGGAUUUGGUUUUUGAACCAUGUUGUAACUUCUCUGAGAAGUGCACUGUAAUAAAGAGACUCUGUCUUGGAACAAGGAA